AUGGAAGGCGUAUUAUAUACGCGGGAUGGCCGUAGUAAACUCUUGCGAGGUUGGCACAAGCGGUACUUUGUCUUGUCUGACACAAGUGGUACGCUACGUGAAUACACGUCCGACGUGAGAAAAAAAGAACUGCUGUCUCGAACACGUCGGGCGUCCUUUGGAACGUCCUCCAACUUGUUGACCUCGUCGCCUUGUCGCAACAGUAAUAGUGGGAUGACGUUACGUCGAGAAUUUAAUGUCCAAGGAUUACUGGUUAAAACAUUAUCGUUUCCUCUCGUGGGAAGACCAAAUGCGUUUCAAGUGACAAUGAUGUCAGUGAUUGCGUCAUCACCGUCGUUAGUGGUAAGUGAUAAUUUUGGUGGAAUCAAAUUGAUUCUUAGUGCACGUCAAGCGGAAGAAGCGAGUUUAUGGAUGACUGCUUUGCGGUCAGCUGCGUUAAGACUGACGAUACCAAGACAAUUAUCGAGUCCAAUGUAUUGGAACGGUCAAGACAGUAGUGACUUGAGGACAGAAAUACAGACAGAAAGUGAUUUUUUGGACGUGACAAUGCCACAGCGAGCCGAAAUGGCGCUUCUAAGCUCUGUCUAUGAGUGGGUACGUGAAUGUUGCGUCAAGACAUCACAGAGUUUAAUAGUAGGUGGUAUACAUAUACCAAGAGGAUCGUUGCUCGUGAGUGCCAAUGGCGUUUCUUUGCAGACUUUAACGUCAGUGGAAGUAAAAAAAUUACUGUUGGAAUCAACUGGUCCUUUACCGGUAUCUCUACGAUUUUUAAAAUCUCCUGCAAAAUGUGGUGUCUUACAAGCCAGAUUGUAUACCAGUCCAUUAACGCAACUCAAGUCAUUGGCAAGAUAUCGUAAAUCAAGUCGAAUGGAUUGGAAAGAGCAACUUGUGGAUUUAUCAGGUGAGUUACUAACUUGUCAGUUACCGAUGAAAACACCAUUGGCUCUUGGUGCAACUCGAAUAACCAGUAAUACCGGUUCGAACCUCAGCAAGACAAAACGUGUAUUGAUGCUCAGUAGUCGUAGCACCGUUAAACCGGUGCAUGAAUUAGUCUCGGAUCGUAAGUUUUGUUUCCUCGUGACUGUGGAAACGCAUUCAAUGUUAUUCCAUGCAACAUCCGAAUCCGAUCGAAGAGCUUGGGUCAAUGCAGUGCAACGUGCUAUUACAAUUGCUCAAGGAUUCAUACCUGGAGGAGGAAGUGCAUUUGUCCGUGGUUCUUUUGAUGUUGAUAGCUUACAAUUGCAAAGUUCGAUGAAUAUGCGGCAUUCAGAGCAAGCAAUUGGAAGUAUUGUGGAUAAUGAUCAAGAUACGAUCGUAUAUUGUGAUCAUGCAAGUGAUAAAGAAGUAGGAUUGAGUUUACUCGAUACUAUGCCAUCACUACCAUUGGUAGAGGAUUGGAUCCAUGUGACGCAAUCAGCCGCGUAUUUAUCGGAUAAUGAACUCACGGAAAUGCUUCGAGUUUUGCAAUCGAGUGGACGGUUUAUAGAAGCUCUCCAGUUGAUGCAGAAAAACACAACGUUGCGUUCCAAGUACUGGCAGCAAAUUUUUCGCUGGGCUCUAACUCCUGUCCAUAGUAUUGAAGAGAAUAAGGAACUUUUUCAGCAGCUAAUCGGUUCACCUCUUUCAGAAGAAGACGAUUUGCAAGUACAGAAAGAUAUUCCUCGAACUGUAAAGUGGCUAGCUGGAUCAGCAGGUGCACCAUACCUCAAUGAAAGUGAACGUACUGUUCGACUGGAACACUUGGAGCAUGUGUUGCAUGCUUUCUUGUCAAGCUGUUCAUUGGAUGUGCGAACCGAUGAAGAUCCGCUUUCGCUUUCGUCUGCAGGAUUGUCUCGAUCACUUCCUAGUUUUUAUAUGCAAGGAAUGAACGGGCUUGCAUUUAUCUUGUUGGAAGUACUGGACAGCGAUGAAAUUGAAGCGUUUCAGUUUCUUCGUGGCAUUGUCGCUCGGAUUCUGCCUCACGUGUUUGGCAUCUGCUGUGCUGGUACUGGACGAGACCAUUUUGACCUUUUUCAGUCGCUUGUCGAGGUUGGUGACGUUUUACAGGAGGUGGCACGGCUGCAUCUGCCCAAUUUUCACUCGGCACUUGAGCAAGCUGGAUUGCCCGUAUGUUUGCUGGCGUACAAGUGGUUUCCUACGCUCUUUUCAGACGUGACGUUGACAGCAUCGCACUCCCAGUUGCGCUUUGACACACUAAUGUGUUGUUGGGACGUGUGUCUUUUGUUGGGGAUUGAAGGCAUGUUUUGUGUUGCAUUGGCAUUAUGUAGUGCUGCUGAAGAUGAUGUUCUUGCAUUAGCUGAAUGUGGCGAUGCUGUAAGUAACAGCGCCGAGCAGGUGAGCGCAGCCGUGGGACGUUCGUUGGCGCUCCUGUCCCCUGAAGACUUGGUCACUAGAGUUUGCGAAGUACUGGAACUAUGCAGCCACCCGGUCUUGCUGAAGCUUCGUAACGCACACCGCCGUCGACUAAAGCUUGGAUACUCUAAAGUGGGCAAUGGUUUUGCCGCAUCGAGCUCUAGAUCUUCGCCGGGUAGUGUUGUGACGGAGAAGUCAGGUUCUGUGCCGUCAACACUAAUGACAGUGACCGAUCUCGACUCGGGCAAGGUAUUUAAAAUUUCGAAUUCUGGAAACAUGUUACUACCGACGACAGCUUUGCAGUAG